AAGACAGCUGCGCCGACGAAAGCCGCACGGCUAGCGAGGGAGCAAUCUGCGGCUAGUCGGCAAAAGUACACACUUGAGGGAGAGACAAUGAGCACGCUUGGAUUGGCCAAAGACUGGGAGCGUGAAGCUGCUUGCGAUGUGGGCGAUUGGCUUGUUGUGAAUUACGAGAGUCCGCCGAGAGAGCCCCCAUCGGCGAUUUUGAGGUGCAGAUGUAUGUGCCUGGAUGUCAGCUCCUUAGCGCGUGUUCCGCCGCAUUGGAUGGAGCUCGCCAAUACAGGGCACUCCAAGCACAUGUAAUUGGUGUGAUGGUAGAGAUAAAAGACCCGCGUUGCUGCGAUUUGAAAUUUUUUGGUAUUUCGAUAUGUUUAACCGACUAUUCUCUGGAUACUCAAUUUGAUCCUCGGCAAACCUUGCAGAUAUCAUGUUUCGUCGGAUGAUGCACGGCAUUACUGGUCGGGCUUGUUAUACAUGGAUCUUCCGGUUUGAGCAACUGUCGGAAGAUUCAAGUGCGACAGGAUUUGGAUUGCAGUAUCAAUCAACUGCAAAUCAGAGCCUACAAGAGGUAAGUAAGUGAGUUGGUAAGUCGGCACAACACCAUGGCUCCAUGAUCAUACCUGGCGUCCCCAUAAGUGCUACUGCGAAUGGCAACUUCUCCUCCCGGCCGC